CCUUUAACACUCCAGCACCAUGCAAGACAGUGGAGGAUUUGACCACAGGUGCAGCCAUGGCACAAGCUCUACACCAGAUAAGAACAACUUUAUUCAUCACACGCUUGUGAAAUUCCUCUCUGCAUUUAACCCAUCUGAAGCAGUGAACACACACAUAUCCAGAGCAGUGGGCAGCCAUGCUAACAGCGCCCAGGGAGCAGUUGGGAGCCUCGCUCAAGGGCACCUCAACCCAAGGCCAUCCCAUAUUAACCUAACGUGGAGGAAACCCAUGCAGACACCAUGCAAACUCCACUCAGAAAGGCCCCCGCCAGCUGCUGGGCUCGAACCCAGAACCUUCUUGCUGUGAGGCAACUGUGCUAACCACUUACACCACCAUAAUACACAGAGAGAUCCGUCCUGGUUCAGUGACAGCUGGCUGAUGCGUAUUAAGGAAGAUGUUGGAGAUAACCUGAGACUCAAGUUGAACAACCUUAAAAAGAUCUUGCAGAUGAUUGUUGAUUACUAUAAUGAGGUUCUGAAUCAGCAGAUGUCAGGCUUCCCCCUGCCUGAUGUGAUGCGUGUGGCUGAAAUCUGUGACCCUGUGGAGCUCGGGCGUCUCCUGCAACUCCUCCUCGGCUGUGCAGUCAAAUGUGAUAGGAAACAAGAGUAUAUCCAGAUCAUAAUGACUCUGGAGGAAUCUGUGCAGCAUGUAGUCAUGACAGCCAUUCAAGAGCUAAUGAGCAAAGAGUCCAUGACCCAAUUUGGGACCGAGCCACAGGGGGAUGUAGAACAACAGUUGAAGAAAGCUCUGGAGAACUUGACCGAGCUGAUGUCAGAGAAAGAUGAGUUAGCUCAACGCUGCCAAGAGCUUGAUAUCCAGGUGGCAAUUCUGCAGGAAGAGCGGAAUAGCCUCCUGGCGGAGAACGAUGUCCUGACGGAUCGAGCCAGUCAGUUGGAUUCCUUUGAUGAUCCCAACACUCCAUCAGGGAAGAAACACGGUCAGCUCCAGCUGCAGCUAGAACAGCUCCAAGAGGAGAAUUUCAGACUGGAGGCGGCUAAAGACGACUACCGUAUUCACUGUGAGGAACUGGAGAAGCAGCUGGUGGAGCUUCAGCAUCGUAAUGAUGAACUCACCAGCCUGGCUGAGGAGUCUCGCUCACUGAAGGAUGAGCUCGACAUACUGAGGAGCUGCUCUGACCGGGCAGUGAAGCUUGAAGCCUCUGUAGAGACAUACAGGAAGAAGCUGGAGGAUCUUGGUGACCUGAGACGACAGGUGAAGGCUCUGGAAGAGAAGAAUAUGACUUACAUGCACAACACUGUUAGUCUCGAGGAGGAGCUCCGCAAGGCCAACGCUGCUCGUGCCCAGCUAGAAACUUACAAAAGACAGGUCCAGGAACUUCACAGGAAGCUGUCUGAUGAGACUCGCAGGGCUGAUAAUUUGGCCUUCGAGAUGAAGGGGUUUGAGGAAAAGCAUGAAGCCUUACUGAAGGAGAAAGAGAGAAUCAUUGUUGAGCGAGACUCUUUAAGAGAGACCAAUGAGGAGCUUAGUUGUACACAGGCUCAGCAAGACCAGCUUCUGCAAGCAGAAAUGUAUAAGACUGGGAGUCCAAGCCGGGACAACUUGGCAGCUGAGAUGUUACCCAUCGAGUACAGGGAGAAGUUCAUUCGUUUGCAGCAUGAGAAUAAGAUGCUGCGAGUGCACCAGGAAGACUCGGAGAACGAGCGUAUUGCUGAACUCCAGAUGCAGCUGGAGGAGUCACGGCGUUUACGCAGCGAGCUAGACACUGAGAACAGGUUGAAGAAAGAGAGCAUCAGUGAGCUGCAGCAGCAGAUUGAAGAUUUGCAGAAAGCCCUCCAGACUCAGGGAGCCAAACCCGAGGAUUCUCACCUGAAGAGGAAGCUGGAUGCUCAUAUGGUCCAGUUGAAUGAGGCACAAGAUGAGAUCAUGAAGAAGAAGGAGCUACUGGAAGACCUACAGCCAGAUGUGUCUCAAACCUCACUGAAGGUGGAUGAACUGAUGGCUGCUCUGAAGAAGAAGGACGAUGAUAUGCGAGCAAUGGAGGACAGAUACAAAAUGUAUCUGGAGAAAGCACGCAAUGUGAUCCGAGCACUGGACCCAAAAUUGAACCCAGCCUCGGCUGAGAUCCAAGCCCUAAAGAACCAGCUGUCAGAGAAGGAGAAGAAAAUAAUUACUCUCGAGAGAGAGUGUGAGCAGGCUAAGCUAAGAGAGUAUGAGGAGAAACUGAUUGUAACAGCGUGGUACAAUAAGAGCCUCAAUUUCCAGAAGCUGGCGAUUGAGUCUCGUCUGAGCGGGUGUGCUAACUCUCUGGUGCCACCUGGCCAGUCCUUCCUGGCGCAGCAACGUCAGGUGACCAACACACGACGCACCAUGUCAAUCAACGUCCCUGCCAGCUCCUCCAAGUAAUGACUCGACCCCCCCCCACCUGGUUUUCCCUUUUCUCAAGUGCACACUUAAGUGACCUUAAAUACCUUGAACUCCUAAAUAAAGGGACAAGCAUGCCAUAAUGUGAACACUUAGGAACCUCACAUAUAUACAGUGUAUAUACACAAAUAAUCAAGCAAAGGUUUAACACUUUACAAAAACAAUACUCAUUCAAGCACAAUAACUCAAUUUACACACUAUUAACAUGACUAUUACACACCAUGCACACUACAGACUACAACCUCUGCAGUUAGUUACAUAAGAUGAGCUGCAACAGCUAUAUUACUGACUUGAUAUCUAGAUUAUAUCAGCAGUUUGAGGUAUGACAAUUUUGAAAGACAAAUUCAGAGAAAGAUAUCUCAUGAUAUUGUCCUUGGUGAGGGUUUAGAAUGCAUGCUGAAGGCUAAACUGGACUUCCAGUAGUAUUCUAUGCAGUCAGGUAAUGUGUACUAUAAUAAGUAUGAAUACUACUAUUGCCCUGAAUGUGUGUAUAUAGAGACGUGCGUUUAUUGACAUUUUCAUCAUCUCUCAGUUUCAUCUCUCAGCUUCCGUGCAUGUUCACAAAAUCAGCAACACUGAAUGAUAUGAAUAACACAUCAGGAAAAAUGCAUACUUGGUGCUGGACACCAAAUGCAAAUUUUUUUUUCUACUACAAAAUUACUACUUUUCUUAUAAUUGAAUGCAAACAGUGAACAAUUAUCACAAAAAUUUAAAUGAACAUAGUUGCUAUAGCCAGUUUUUAAUCAACUAGAACAAGCUAUCUGUAUAAUUUAAUAUCAGUAAUUUUAUUUAAUACAGAAAUUGACUGACUGGACUCUUGCAUGGUCUUAUGAACAACAGCAGAGCCUUUUUCUGCCUCUUGUAAAGUUCAUCUGGAUUUAAUGUGUAAAAGCAUCAGAUAUCAGGAUUAAAUCACCAGCUCACGGUCAUGGCAUCUCAACCCAACUGUCCUAUUAUAGGGUGAAAUGCUGUGACCUGAUUUGCUUUCCUUUUCGCCAACUGGCAUUUAUUUAUGGAAACCAUUUGUGACCAAUAAAUGAUCCGUUCCUGCAGUAAAGCUUUACAAUGACUGCAUGUCAGAGGGUUAGAAUAAUUUGGGCUUGUAUCAUACAAAGUUUUUGUUGGAAAAUGUGUGUUCAGUGUUCCACAAACCAGAUGGUCCACAUGUUUUCUCCCAGCAAUUAAGACCACCUGGUUAAGGUCAAAAAAGGUAGCCUGUGGUUAUCACUUAACACUGGAUUGGGAAACACUACUGUUGGCUUACUUUACACUCAUAAUGAUUAGUCAAGUUUCUUUAAUAGUCAUAAUUUCUAAUUGACUUUCGAUUUAAUUAUUGUUGUAUUGAAUAUAGGAUUUUUAUCCUGUACUGGGAAAUGUGAUAAUUGUUUUGAAUGGUAAACAGAUACUUAUGAUAAAAGAGGUAGGUUUUUAAGGUUGUAUACGUCAUUACUGAGUGUUAUGUUUUUGUCAAUCAUAAAGCUUAAUAAAGAGGGGAAAAUGACUAUGAUAAUCUGUGGAAACCCAAAUCUUUGUCUUCUGAACAAAAAAUAAAGACAAAAAGGUGUAUUUUGCA